AUGCUGUCCUCUCAUCACAAUGGUCAGCUACUUUCAAAUGGUUGGAUAAACAGAAACCAAAGUCUGGUUUUUGUCGGAUUUGGAAGUGAGUACAAGAUGCCUCCUGAACGAAUACACGAGUUAGCAAUCGGGCUUGAGCUUUCCAAGCUCCCAUUUCUAUGGGGUCUCCAGGAGCCUGAAGGAGUAGAUAGCUCGGAAUUACUGCCUCCUGGCUUUUCAACUCGAACAUCUGAUCAAGGUGUGAUCAGUCUUGGGUGGCCGCCACAGUUGGAGAUGCUAGCUCACUCUGCCAUUGGGGGAUGCAUCUUCCACUCUGGAUGGGGUUCCAUCAUUGAGUCUCUUGGUUUUGGACACCCUCCAAUUCUCAUGCCCAUGGUAGCAGACCAAGGCCUAAAUGCUAGACUGUUGGUGGAAAAGGGAAUAGGAUAUGAAGUGCCAAGGAAUGAAGAUGGCUCCUUCACUGGAGAUGCAGUUGCCAAGUCCAUCAGGCUACUGAUGUUAGAGCAAGAGAGAGCACCGAUUCGUGUAAAGGCUGCUACACCGCAAACUGCUUUUGCUAACCAGGACCUGCAUGACAUCUACAUAAACAAGUUCAUCAACUACUCAGUCAAUUUCGAACAGAAUGAACGACAUUCUCCACUGCAAGUGAAUUUCAGUGUCUAUCAACCAGAAGAACCCUGUGAUAGUUCAGCAUCCACUGUAAAAACCAGAAUAGUGGCUGUGUACUAG